ACACAUUUAAAGCAUGUCCCUUUUCACCUUCUUUCUCCUAACUUCCUCCUCAGACAGUCCAUAAAGCUUCCUUUUGUCCUUCAUUGUGCUGUCCGUAGAGAUGUCCUCCCCGCCAUCGUCACCAUCUUUAUCCUCCUUUUCUUCAGCUUCAGCCAGUACGGAUCUGCCACCUUUGGUCCAGGUUCCACUCUUCAAUCUGGACAGCCCUGCAUCAGAAGAUGAGGGGAGUAGUUCGCGAAAAAAUGGUUGUGAAGAACGUAAUGGUAAACGCAAACGAGUAAUUGAAAAGUUACUCCAAUUUUGUAAAAAUGGAAAACUUCAGCGCGGCUGCAUACAAGAAGUUGCUGCAGAAUUCAAUAUCUCACGCAAAACAGUUGGAAGUCUAUGGAGUAUAGCUAAGACUCAAAUGCAGGCAGGUCUACCCGUUAAUGUUAUAUGCAAGUGGAAAGGGAAUUCUGGGCCAAUAAUGGGUACUGUUGACAUUCAAAAAAUGUUAGUCGUACCCUUUCACAAGAGGAAGAACAUCCGUGCCUUAGCAUAUGCAAUGGAUGUUUCAAAAUCAACAGUUCAAAGGUGGCUAAAGUGCAAGAAAAUAAGAAGACAUUCAAAUGCCAUCAAGCCUUUUCUCUGUGAAAAAGGUAAGCUCAAAAUACUUAAAUAUUGCUUGGAACAUAUUGUUGCCCCAUCAAUUCCCAUGAACCCCACAUUUCAUCAUUUCUAUGACUACAUUCAUAUUGAUGAAAAAUGGUUUAACAUCACAAAGGAAAAGACAACAUUUUAUGCACUGCCAGAUGAACCAGACCCAUACAGAACUGCUCAAUCAAAGAGUCACAUACCAAAAAUCAUGUUCCUGGCAGCUGUUAGUAGGCCUAGGUUUGGGAAUGAUGGAGCUGUGGUUUGGGAUGGGAAAAUAGGAAUAUUCCCAUUCACAUAUGAAGCUCAGGCCAAAAGAUCUAGCAAAAACAGGCCAGCAGGUACAUUAGAGGUCAAGGCAACCACCUCUAUUAACAGAGAUGAAAUAAAAAAGAUGUUACUGGAGAAGUUACUUCCAGCCAUCAAAGAAAAAUGGCCUGGUCCAACAAGAGAUGUAAUAAUACAACAAGAUAAUGCUAAACCACAUGUGGAUGUGAAUGACACUGACUUUGUACAAGCUGCACAGGAGGGAAACUGGAACAUUAAGCUUCAAUUCCAACCUCCUAAUAGCCCAGACCUGAAUGUUUUGGACUUGGGAUAUUUUAGGUCAUUUGAUACAAUUCAAGACCAGGCAGCACCUAGAAAGUUAGAAGAACUCAUCAAUGCUGUUACCAAAUCAUUUGAGGACCUCACCCCAGAGAAGUUAAACAAUGUUUUCUUAACAUGUCAAAGUGUAAUGGGGGAGGUACUUAAACAUAAAGGGGGCAAUAACUUCAAAAUCCCACACAUAGGGAAAAGCAGUUUGGCCAGACUUGGAAGGCUACCAGAUAAUAUUGGGGUUACUGCACAGGUGUACCAGGAAGACAAAACAUUCCUUGAAGAACACCUGUAGAAACAUAAUGGGUACUUGAAGAGUUUGGCCAGACUUGGAAGACCUGGAAGGGUUUGUUUUUUGUAUGUACAAACAUCAUGGGUAAAAGUACAAUACUUUAAUGUACUCCCAUUGAAUGACUUUUUUGCACAACUUUUUUGUAUGGCAUGUAAUCAGUGUAGUAUGAAGAUUUGGCAUACAGAUUGGGCAUUGAAAAUCUGCCAACUGAUGUUUUUUUGUAGAUUUCUUGACAAACUUUAUGAGCAAUGUAGCAUCUCUUUUGUUAUCAAAGGUAGUGUAGCAUCUGUUUUCUUAUCAAAGACAGUGGUAUCUGUUCUCUUAUUAAAGGCAGUGUAGCAUC